GGACGGCAGAGGCCUCUGCGGCGCGGUCCUCGGAGGCGCGCGUCCGGGUUCCUCGUUGGUCAUGGCGGACUACCUGAUCAGCGGAGGCACUUCUUAUGUGCCAGACGACGGGCUGACCGCACAGCAGCUCUUCAACUGCGGGGACGGCCUCACCUACAAUGAUUUUCUCAUUCUUCCUGGGUAUAUCGACUUCACUGCGGAUCAGGUGGACUUGACCUCUGCUCUAACUAAGAAGAUUACACUGAAGACCCCCUUGGUUUCCUCACCUAUGGACACUGUCACAGAGGCUGGAAUGGCCAUCGCAAUGGCGCUUACAGGAGGUAUCGGUUUCAUCCACCACAACUGCACACCUGAAUUCCAGGCCAAUGAAGUUCGGAAAGUGAAGAAAUACGAACAGGGAUUCAUCACUGACCCUGUGGUCCUUAGCCCCAAGGAUCGUGUACGAGAUGUUUUUGAGGCCAAAGCCAGGCAUGGCUUCUGUGGUAUCCCCAUCACAGAUACAGGCCGGAUGGGGAGUCGAUUGGUGGGCAUCAUCUCCUCAAGGGACAUUGAUUUCCUCAAGGAGGAAGAGCAUGACCGUUUCUUGGAAGAGAUCAUGACUAAGAGGGAAGAUUUGGUGGUAGCCCCUGCUGGCGUCACUCUGAAAGAGGCAAAUGAAAUCCUGCAGCGCAGUAAAAAGGGAAAGUUGCCCAUUGUGAAUGAAAAUGAUGAGCUGGUAGCCAUCAUUGCCCGGACAGACCUAAAGAAGAACCGUGAUUACCCACUGGCUUCCAAAGAUGCCAAAAAGCAACUACUGUGUGGGGCAGCCAUUGGCACCCAUGAGGAUGACAAGUACCGGCUGGACUUACUGGCCCUUGCCGGUGUGGAUGUGGUAGUUUUGGACUCUUCCCAGGGAAAUUCCAUCUUCCAGAUCAAUAUGAUCAAAUACAUUAAGGAGAAGUACCCCAAUCUCCAGGUCAUUGGAGGCAAUGUAGUCACUGCCGCACAAGCCAAGAACCUCAUAGAUGCAGGUGUGGAUGCUCUGCGAGUUGGCAUGGGAAGUGGCUCCAUCUGCAUCACCCAGGAAGCGGCUCCCAAGAUCCCACCAGACAUAAAGUCCCACAGCCCCAAAUGCCCUUCUACUGUCUCGGGCUGCUAUAGUAAGUCCGGCCCGGCCCACUGGCCCGGCCCAGCUGCCCACUGCCCGGCUGCUUGGUUGACUGUAGCUGUAGCUCCCAGGGUUUGUGGUGCUGUUGGGUGGGCAGGGCAAACAGAUGUACAGACCAUGGUUUGGGGGCUGCUUGAGCUCCUUCACAGCUCCUUCCUAGGGUGCUCAUAGAGCAGGACCUCCUUCCUGAGGCAGGCCCUGCUCUGUCCACACACUCUGCAGUAGGCAUGGCUCACCAACCAAUUCUUGAACUUGUUCUCUUCUGUUACCACUGCCUUGAUCUUGCCUGAGCUGCCCACUAUGCAGGAAAGGCAAGGCCUGACUUGGUGUCUCUAGAUACUAACUGCACGGUGACACUUGCCCCAUCUGAUACCAGCUGGGCGGGGCUUCCCGGCUGCUAUAAACUGCAUGUGCCUGAGGCUGCCCUGGGCCCUGCACACAUGCACGAGCACAUGCAGAGGCGAAGCCAGCACAGGUGUUUGUACUACUUAAGGCAGAUGGGUAGUAGCCAUCCCAGACACAUCUCUUCAUCGGCUAUGGACUUGGUAUAGGCCUCUUUCAGAGCUACUGGGUCCUGAGAGUGGCCCCUUUCAUCUCCCUAUCCCAAUAUUACACACUCAUCUGUCCCUCCAUCUC